GUUUCGAGCCUUGUGCGGGGUCGGACAUUUACUGAUCCCCCCUUCCUGCAGAGAAUCUCGAGGCUCAGCUCCGGUCCAAGAUUGAGCAGCCACAACCGUCUGCCGAUCCACCUGCGCCUUUCGAACAACAUCGUUGGUCUGGAGGAGCAGCAUUCUCAGCCACGGCCGUCAGCGCUCCCUCUCCCACUGCAUUUCUCGAGAUGCUCUCCUCUGCCGCUUCCGCCCAAGGCUCUGGAUCGGUGCCUCAAACCUCAACCGUGCCUGGUUUGCGUGAUGGUGCAUCAGAGAACGCCAUGAUGAGCCAUUCUUGGGCCGCGACACCGGGCGGUGAUGGACCCCACACUGGCUUGACGCCAUUCCUAUCUUUCAGCGACAAUGCACGAGCUCAGCCUGCGAACGAAGUUGAGCGAGCAGAACGUCAAGCUACAGGCUCAUCAGCUCCGGAGUCAUCUCGUCGAUCAAGCAGUCAAGGUGGCAGUAUCUCCAUUGGAACACCUGCAGGACCUCCGCCCCCUGGCUUGUCACCAAGCGGUGUCUUCAACUUUUCUCCUGCCCCCUCUGGUCCAACCGCAAGUGCACCAAUGGGCACUCAAAGUCAGACUCAAAAUUGGCCCGCUCAUUGGCCUCCAGCCCUCAAUUCCGACACGAUUGAACCCUCUCAGAAAACGGAAGGACCUUGGCGCGGCGUUGACACGAUCAAUUCUGUCUAUCCAGAGGCGGCGCAAUUCAACCAGACGAACACCAACGCGGAUUCGACUCAACCAUUCUUUGGGGACGAAGCCCUGCAGCAACAAUUGCUGCUAGACCUGUUCUGGCCCGGGUGGCCAGCCAGCCUACCAGAACCUCAUAUCGUGAACGACCUCGUGGAGGCAUUCUUUGAUCUGGUGCCAAAUAUACCACGACUUCUUCAUCGGUCCCGCUUCCUUGCACGACUAGCCCUGCCACCUACACACCCGAAUUUUCCUCAUCCAGCCAUGAUUCAUGCCAUCUGUGCUUCCGCAGCCUCUUGGUGCAGUCCAGACAUCUACCAAAAGAGUCGGAUACUUCAAACUCAAACUGUGAUGGGCGAGAAGCCAGAUCCACGGGCUUCGAUGAGUUUUGCGCUUAAGCAGGCAGCAUACGGCAAGGAAGCGGUGCAAGAUGGUUUGAAUACUGGUAAUAGGUUGUUUGACGUGGUACGCGCCAUGAUCAUCCUGUGUCGAGUAUUUAUAGAUGAUACGAGGUGAGUUGUGCAGUCGUGCGAAGAGGAACGUUCUAAAUGGUGAUAGAAUGUUGGAGUGCUGGGCCUACUCUGGUCUCGUCUCACGUAUGAUCCUUCCGCUCGGCCUCAACGUUCGAAGCGCGGAAUUGUCGCUCAAAUCGGUGAUGCUUCCCCCUCCUGCCGAUGCAUUGGAGCGUGAAGAACGCCGAGCCUCAGUCUGGAUGGCUCUAUAUCACGACACUAUUGCUAGUGCAGCUUCUGGAUGGGGAACUUCGAUGAACCUGGACGAGCUCACUGUUCCGCUUCCAGUAUCCGCUGCCGACUUUGAAGAAGGACCUGAGCGUAUGCCACCGAAUCCUCAAGAUAUCGAAUCACCAGAUUUCUGGACCAAACAUCCAAUACCAGACUCGUUUGUCAUGUGCGUCAAGGC